AUGGACAGCUCUGCUGACUCCGCUUCGAAUUCUCUCGGUCUGGACUUGGAUGCUCUCAAGAUCAAGGACGAUCCGGAGUCGUCUGGUUCUCCAGAAGCUGCCGCGGACGACGCUAGUACAGCGCUGUCAGCCGAAGACGCGAGUGCCUCAAAGUCUGCAGAGGGUGUGGAUGAGGCGCCGCCGGAUGAGGAAGCAAGGUCACCAGUGUCCGAGGGUAAGAGGUCCGAGGCAAAGGAGAAGAAGAAACCAUAUGUGAACGUCGACCGAUUCAAGACCGGUGGCCAACGAGACAAGCCAAGCGACGAGGAGCUGGCGGAACGCAUGACGCGGAUAAGGGAACAAAAUGAGAAGAUCAAACAGAGACGCAUUGAUGUACAAGCAGACGAAGAGGCAUUCAAGAAGACACAACAGGUUGAGCGUAUGAAGGCAGCGAGGAACAAGAAAGUACAGGAGAACAUUGAUCGAACUCGCGAACAGAACGCCCGCAACAAGAUGGAAAAGAUGCAAAGCAGAGAAUGGGACUCUGGAAAGUCAAAUCGUGAAUGGAAACCGGCUAAAAAUGCCGAGCAGAGCGACGAUGCAAGUAAGGGACCACGUCAAUCAAUCGGCAUACGAGGGGCUGUGCGCGGAGGAGGCAGGGGUCGAGGCCGGGGGAGGACACCCUCAGCCACUGCCCCAGAAAGCAGCGAGAAAACAGCAGUUGCAGAGACCAUUCCCGCGCCUGCCGCUGCAACAUGA